GGGCGGAACGGGGGCGGAGCGGAGCACAAGCGGGGAACGGCGGCACCAUGAUGGCGCAGCGGGCCCUUCCCAACCCCUACGCCGACUAUGAUAAGUCCCUGGCCACCGGCUACUUCGAUGCUGCCGGGAGGCUGACCCCAGAAUUCACACAGCGGGUGAACAACAAAAUCAGGGAGCUGCUCCAGCAGAUGGAGAGGGGCCUCAAGUCUGCGGACCCCCAGGACUGCACUGCCUACACCGGCUGGGCAGGCAUUGCUUUGCUGUAUUUGCACCUGUAUGAUGUGUAUGGAGACCCAGCCUACCUUCAGGUGGCCCACGAGUACGUGAAGAAGAGCCUGAGCUGUCUGACAAGACGAUCCAUCACUUUCUUGUGUGGAGAUGCCGGGCCCCUGGCAGUGGCUGCUGUCGUCUACCACAAACUGCAGAACCAGAAGCAGUCAGAAGACUGCAUCACUCGUUUGCUCCAUCUCCACAAGCUUGACCCACGAGUGCCAGAUGAACUGCUGUACGGGCGCAUGGGCUAUCUCUAUGCACUGGUAUUUGUGAACAAGCACUUCGGAGAGGAAAAGAUCCCUCUAAGUCACAUUCAGCAGGUCUGUGAAGCAGUUGUGGCCUCAGGAGAGAACUUGGCUAAAAGGAGGAACUUCACAGCAAAGAGCCCACUGAUGUAUGAGUGGUACCAGGAGUACUAUGUAGGUGCAGCCCAUGGCUUGGCUGGGAUUUAUUACUAUCUCAUGCAGCCUGGCCUUGGAGUGAGCCAAGUAAAACUGCACAACACAGUCAAACCCAGCGUGGACUACGUCUGCCAGCUCAAGUUCCCAUCUGGCAAUUACCCUCCCUGCAUCGAUGACAACAGAGACCUACUCGUCCACUGGUGCCAUGGGGCACCAGGUGUCAUCUACAUGCUUGUCCAGGCCUACAAGGUCUUUGGGGAACAGCAGUACCUAAACGAUGCCCUGCAGUGUGCAGAAGUGAUCUGGCAGUAUGGGUUGCUGAAGAAAGGCUACGGGCUGUGCCACGGGACAGCUGGCAACGCUUACGGCUUCCUAGCACUCUACAACCUCACUCAGAACAUGAAAUACCUGUACAGGGCCUGCAAGUUUGCAGAGUGGUGUUUGAGCUAUGGUCAACAUGGGUGCCGGACUCCAGACACGCCAUUCUCUCUCUUUGAAGGAAUGGCUGGAACGAUUUACUUCCUUGCGGACCUGCUGGUGCCAACCAAGGCCAAGUUCCCUGCAUUUGAACUCUAAAUCGGAGCGUGGCAGUUUCCUGCCUGAAUCCUUCUGCACUUGGAAUAGCAGUUCAAAGCUGCUUUCUCCUUCUUCCAAACUCAUCGUUGUUCACCUAACUGAACGUAAAUCCAUCCUCCUGAGGGCAUGCUGAGGUCUCUAAUAUUUCUAGUCAUCUCAUCGCAUUGUUUCCAUUUAAAAGAUAGAAUGUAGAUUUUGCUGGUGUCUCCUAAAAACACAGGGCUGCAGGUGGGAGCAGGGAGAAAAUGUACAGUAUUUUGUUGGCUAUAGAGUUUUGCUAUUUUCUGUAUCCCAUUUCCUGGGAGGAAGUUUUCUAUUGAAUGUAACUUUGGCCAUUUAGUUAUUUAUAUUUUUUUUGUGCUGAUAAAUAGUUGCAGGAAUUUAGUUGCCUUUUGGAAAACAAAAGAUGAAAAACUGAGACUAUUGCCCUGCUUUUAAGUUGCUUUUAAGUGUUUUCUCUCUGAGCACCCAGGGAGUGGGCAGUUCGGUAGCUGGGCUGCUCCACAUGAAGUGAAUGUGAUGGACUGUGGAGUCUUUCUAUAUGUUUCUUUUAAUGUCAGAGAGCGAGUGGCACAGCUGGAACUGACAUGCCAAAGCCUUGUCCUGAAUUUCCACCUAUCUGCUUUAAUGGCAAAGGCUAUGUAUAGCUCUUUUGUGCAUUUUUUUCCAGUGACAGACAAAUAAUCCGCUAGCUUUUGUGUUUAUUUGCCACUUAUGCUAAACUUUGCAAAAGUCCAUUGGUCAUCGAAUGGAAAACUCCAAUCUAGAAGUGAGCUAAGCAUGCUUGCUGCUGUAGUCUCUUCUGUUUAGCUUUGCAAGUUUAUUUUGCGGUCUUUAUUUGAAAUAACGUAGGAAUAUUAUAGGUGUUAGGUGGUGCCAGGCCCACCAGCAGCAGCAUGGGGAAAGAAAUAUAUUCCACUGAGUUCUGUCAGUGUUUAACCUAUUGCCUGUAUAGAUGCUCCAUAUGUGCUUUGUUUUAUAAGCUUUCCUGAACUUGGAUAAUUUGAGUCACUCGUUUGCCUUGUUACUGCUUGUUGUGGUUUGAUACGCAACCACACAUCUACCCAGCUGGAAAAUCUGCCCUAGGUUAAAGAGCUUUGACCUGUCAAGCAGACCAGAUACUUGCAAGGGGUAAACCUGCUUUUCCGUCCUUUAAAAUCUGCUUUUCCGUCCAGCUGAUGCUGCGAUAAUUUGCGGCAAUUUGACCA